GGCAGCGGCGGGAAGCUUCCUGCGGCUUUCGGGUGUAAAACGACGAGCAGUGCUUACGAAGCGCGAUGUUCUUUGUUGCUAUAGAGGUCUGAGCGACACGACCCAGGUCUGGGGAGGCGGGGCGGGCUCCGAGUCCCCACCCCUCCGUGCACGAGGGUAGAGCAGAGCGCGGGGCUUUCCUGGGACAGCCCCUUUUGGGUCAGCGGGCCCGCCUCCUCUCCACCCCCGCGCCCGGCCGGGUGUCACUUUCCGUGGGAAAGCCGCGCUCAAAAGCGGCGCAAGGAAGGCAGCGUCUUUCAGUGGCGCUCGGGGAAGCCGGGCGGGUGAAGGUUCCGCCGUCGCUCCCUUGGACUGCCGGUGCCUUGUUCGCGCCGCGUCUGCUGGUCGGCGUGCGUCUUGCGGGCACUUUGCCGGCGGCGGGAGGAUGCUGGAGGGCGGCUGGACGCCGGUGAAGGAAGGCGUGCUGGAGAAGCGCAGCGACGGCUUGCUGCAGCUGUGGAAGAAGAAGCGCUGCAUCCUCACCGAGGAAGGGCUGCUUCUCAUCCCACCCAAGCAGCAGCCCCAGCAGGAUCCGCCGGUGGUGCUGGCGGCGGCGGCGGCGCCUCCGGGCGUGGAGGCGGCGGCGAAGAUCAAGGAGCUGCCCUUCUCCACCAUGAAGACGGUGGACUGCGUGGAGCGGAAGGGCAAGUACGUCUACUUCACGGUGGUGAUGGCCGAGGGCAAGGAGAUCGACUUUCGGUGUCCGCAGGAGCAGGGCUGGAACGCGGAGAUCACGCUGCGGCUGGUGCAGUACAAGAACCGCCAGGCCAUCCUGGCCGUCAAGUCCACCCGGCAGAAGCAGCAGCACCUCGUCCAGCAGCUCGGGCCCCGCCUCCGCAGCGCCUCCAACUCCGCCUAGUUACUUCCCGGCAGGCAGCCCCUCGCCGCCUUCAGGUUGAAUUCAAGAGGCACCGACUGCAACCAAGGUGGACCCUUUAUUGGUUGAACGCAAACUUGACAAAUGGAAGGAGCACAGCGACAUGGGGGAGCAACAGUUCAGUGGCCGGAGCCUUCCCAUUUUUGGCACAGUUCAUCACUGCUCUGGGAAAGCAUCUCAACUCCUUUAGGUUAUUGUUGCUACUCAUGAGGAUUACUUGACUUGCUGGGCCCCAAAGGACACACACUGCACUGUCAUUUUUAUUCUAAUGUGUUUUGGGGUUUUUAAAUAUUUAUUUAUUAGUUUUUUAAUUGAUUUCAAAAUAUUUCUGAAUAUAUGUCAUCUAGAAAUUAAAAAUACACAGAGCAUACUUGCAAUAGCAGCAUAUUGCUGUGCUUGGAGGCAGGAAGAGAAUGAAGGCAGAAGAUGCAAGUGAAGUGAAGAAAUCUACCCAAAAGUUAACUUCCCAACUAAUUUUUCACAUACACUUCUCUGGUUUUAAUUUCUGCAAGUGAAAUACUCAUGAAAGCAGCAUAUAAAGUAUAUCCCUGUGCAUCAAAUGUCUUUAUCGCAAUCGUAAUGCGGAAGAAGAGCCCCUUUUCCAAGGAAAGCAAUAACAUGGAACUUGAUCUCUAGGUUAUUUUAAUUUUAUUACACAUCCAUCUGGAGAGUAUUAUGUUUUUUAUUUAAUAGUCAAUACUCUUGGGCAUGCCACUUUAUUUGGGUUCCUGUUUCAUGCCCAUGCUAAGGAAAUUCAACUUCAUUGGCUAUUAAGGAUAAAUUUGAAUUCAAAUAUUUUUAAUCAUACGACAAAAUAUUGAGUACUGUUUAUCUAAAUUGGGAACUCACUUUAAAUGUUUCUCAAAAGCUUCAAAUCCUGAGAACAUUUUCUCGGUGAUAAGCUCCAUUGAACAAAAUGGGACUUAUUUCUUCAUAGACCUUAAAGCUGAUCCCAACUUAAAUUUACUUGAUUUGGUUUAGAUUGCUAUAAAACUUCUGAUAUUCCACACUCAAAUUGUCUCAUCUGGUAAACAUCUUGCAGUGCCAUCCUAAACAGAGUUAUACCAUCUAAGUCCAUUAAAGUAAAAAAAAAACACCUUAGGAAAUGAGUUUAUGAAAACACAAAAUAUAACAAAGUCUUUAAGGACGCAGAAGUUUUCAGGCAUGGGGGGAGAGGGACUUGUGUUGGAUGGCAUAUUUAUGUUGAUGUUGUUUACAGCGUAACCCUAUUUAAAGUUACAGAAGUCUAAGCUCUUUCAUUCCAGUGAGUUUAGACUGGAGUAAGUCUGCACAGGACUGAACUUUUUAAAGUCUUAAUAUUGCACAAGUAUGGCUUCUAAUAUCUUUAUUUCUUCAAAAAAUGUCAAGGAGUUUGUAUAUAAGGUUUCUACAGUGUUUUAACUCCAUAAGAGAAAAAGAUUGGCAAACUUGCUAUGAUCACUGGUCCAGCUGUUCUCUUUUAAAGGAUACCAUGUGUGUCCCCCCCCCCUUUCUUCUUCCUUGUCUGAAUCAGAAAAGCAGGCUCAUUUUACCCAGAUUAACAUCAGAUUAGUGACAGCCCUGGUGCACCUUGAAAUAUUGCUUAUUUGAAUGCAGUCCUUUGAGUCCUAAUCCUGGCUGGCUAUGAAUAAGUUUCUUUUUAAGAUUCCAGCUGUAGCUUUUAGUGACCCCAAAUAUAGACUAUAGAUGAAGGGUGUGAGUGUUCCUAGCUUCAUUUUGGUAUUAUCCAGAAUGUAAUAAAAUCUUCCAUAAUCACCCAAAGACACAGAUGGAGUUGGAAAGAGGGUUUACAUGAUAAUUUUUACUCUCCUUUGUCUCUCUGCCAAAUUAACUAGAGCCCCCACAUCUGUGAUGAAAUUUAAUGUUGCAGAAGCAGGAUUUGGACCAAACUUUUCAAAUCCAUUCUGAAUUUCUGAAUUACAACAUACUAUUGUAAUGAAAAAUAUUGGGAGAGAUGGAAGCAGAAAACUCCUGUGAUAAUACUGGCUGCCUUCAUUUUUAUGGAGAACUUUUGAUACCUGCUCACUGCGUUUUCCCCAUAGACAAAAUAUUCUGGGAUAGACCCAGGAUGAUAUAUCCCAGCGUGUUUUUAUCACAGUUUCUCCCUUCGCGUGGCUGCCCGUCAGCGUGUUCAGAUCGGGAGGAAGAACUCCAGUGAAUUAUGCAUGAGCCCACAGUUUAUUUUCAUUUUCCACAUGAACGUUUACGUAGCUUACAUAGAUUCUGUUUUUCCAAUGUUCUUAUUGGCUGCAGCUAAGGGGCAGGGAGAGCAGGUGGCAAUGCCGGAAAAAUAAACUGGCCUGUCUCCUGUGGUGUUUGCAUGGGCGUGGGAUUGGUACGCGCUUUUUCAAAAGAACUGCCAAUUUUAUCGUUUUUUGAAAGCCGCAGGAUAAGGCAAAUCUCGUGGGGCGGGCCUGAUUAGGCACAGAAGCCCUGCAGAAUUUAUGCCCAACUGAGAUGGUUCACUGCCUUAUCCCAGGAUAUAUUGGCCGUGGGGAAAACGCCAGAGCUUGUUGUAAAUUCUAGUCAUGUUAUCUCCUGAAGAGGUUCUUGUGUACUGUGUAUAAGUGGCUAUUGGGAACACCUACGGGGAAAUAUGUAACAUAAUGCAGGCAAUCCCAGAACAGGAUGUAGGGGAAUUAUGGACUUUAUGAUGAGGGAAUCAUAAUGUACCUGUGACCUGUGGGAUAACCAUCCUUGCUGUUUGUUGUCUUCGCUGAAUGGAUAUCUAAAGGCCAAACUUUGCUGCCAUUGAGCAUGAUUUUUUUGGUCACAUGUUGCAUAGUGGUAAGCUGCAGUACUACAGUCAGAAGCGCUGCUCACAACCUGAAUUCAGUCCUGCCGGAAGUCAGUUUCAGGUAGUCAGUUAAAGGUUGACUCAGCC